UUAUUAGUAAAUGAUUUCGUGGGUGCGCACUUACGUCAGACAGAAAGCCCAUUCGAUCAAUAUAUUCGCGCAACGUGCAGCAGAAACUAAACUCCUGCUAUUCCGCAGACACCGGGUUUUGUUUUGUGCUCAUGAUGGAUGGAUCAGUGGACAAAAACGAUGGUUAUGGUAUUACCAAAAAUGGAACCGAUUACAAGCAGAGGAGUCAGAAGGAAUUUAAAAUGAACUCAGAUAAAUACAAUGAAUAUGGUUCUGCACAAGUAGUGGCUGUAACUCGAUCAAAUCACGAUGAUUACGGCCAUCAUCAAAGCGAGGAAGCAGGUCUAUAUUCAGUCUCACAGAGAGUUCCAAAUGUAAGCACAAGUUACUCCAAUCUAUGCCAACAAGAAGGAAACUACAGUUCCUUGACGGAAUGGGAUAGGACGACGUCGACGACCACAGAUGCCAAGGAUUCUACGACGUCGGAUGCACUGAGCGAUAAGCAAACUAGCGAAACAAAUACAAAUUCCGGUCCGAGUUCAGUAAUAUCCGGUUCCACGGCGGCAGCCAGCAACUGCGAAAGUUUGCAGGGACCAAUAAUUCCGACGUGCGUUUACUUGCACAGCAACAUCGCCAUCAUGCUGGAAGUUGAGGAUACACCAACGGCCACCACAGAUUUGCUUCUCCAGUCCAUCAUCAACUCCGACGAGUUGGGACUGAAUAAACAGUUGUCCUCGCAGAUAUUCUCUCUUUGGAUGUGUAGCCCUUUGUUAGAGUUACAGUUGAAGCCAACGCAUAAACCGUAUGAGAUUCGAAGGUCCUGGAGAUCCUUGGUACAUCAGUUCAGUCACGACGCGCUCGAAAGACAACAGCAGGAUGAGCCGGUCGUUUACUUUCAGAGAAACGUCUUCUUUCCGCAACUUCUAGAGGAGAAAAUCAAGGACCAGAAGAUAUUAGAGCUGCUAUACGAGGAGGCUAGGUACAAUGUGCUCGAGGGACGUUACCCAUGCGAAGUCGGUCAUUACAUAAUGCUCGGCGGAAUCCAGGCCAGAAUCGACUUAGGUCCUUACAAUCCCCAGGUGCAUUCCACCCACUACUUUCGAGAGGAACAGUGCAAAUACCUACCGACGCACGUGCGGAAGAGUUCCACGUGGACAUGGCUACCGAUCAGCUCAAAGAAUUCCGCCGAAGUAAGACUUCUGGAGCAAUUCAAGCGCAUUCCAGCAUCCGCGACGAAUAGAAAACUGAUGCGAAAAUAUUUAGAAUUCUGCUGGUCUCUACCGUUCUACGGAUCUGCGUUUUUCGAAGGACAAGUCGAGCAGCCCGUGCGCGGAUUGACCAGUUUGAUGAUUCACCAAGACAUUCCCGUUCUGGUUGCGAUCAACGCCAAAGGGGUGUACGUUAUUGACGACGUCCAAUGCACCGUCCUGGUUGGAUUGAGGUACGACGAGCUGAGCUGGGACUUCGCGCGACCUUCGAAGGAGGACGAUCCCAACUGUCUACCGUGUCUGUUCCUCCAGUUCGUCGUCGUUGAGAAUGGGGCUAGAGUCUCGAAGAUAUUGCAGGUCUUCUCGCGGCAGGCAAGCUUAAUGGACACCUUAAUUUCGGGUUUCAUUCACCAAAUCAAAGAGAAAGCCGCAGACGAGACGGACGGCGGCGCACCCUAUAUGCAGCAAGUCAACGGUGAAGGAGAGAACCACCAAGCAUAUACAGCGAACAAUGCAAUAUACAGCACGGCCAAUUUACCGACUUUAUCGAAUAAAUUGAGUAAACUCACGUUAGCGACAUUCGAUGACGAGGGUCACUGCAUUGGACAGAUGGGAUCUUGGUCGUUCAGUUAUUAAUUUAUUAAGAGUAUAAGUGUAAAAUUUAUUGAAAACAAGUGUAUAUAAAGAAUGUCUAAGCUUUGGAAGGCGAAGGUUUUCUUCUCUUUAAAAUACCCAACUUCGGAUGGUCUUCCAGGUAAUCCACCAAAAGCUGAUAUCUAUAAAAAUAAACGUA